UCAUGUGCAGCUGGGCUGACUAUAUCCUUUUUCUGAAACUGGUCUGAGUAUGAACUUCGAGAAGUAGCACCUUCAUAGGAAAUAAAAGAAGAAGCAGAAAUAAAGUUUAGUUCUUGUACUACACAAAAAGAGAACCAUAUUCUCAGAGUGCUUUUUUCUGAUUUUCCUGACAGUAAGUAAACCUCAUUCUUUUAUUAAAAGUCAUUUACUUCAACUUGAAGGUGAAAUGGGUAUAAAGCAGAGAAGUCUGUAUCAGCAAACUCAAGCCCUUCUGCACAAGAAUCUUCUUAUGAAAUGGAGAAUGAAAAUAGAUAGCUUAUUGGAAUUGAGCAUCCCAGUACUUCUAGGAUUACAUAUGAGUAUGAUUUCACACUUCACAAAAAGUACGCAUUUUUCUGAAAAGCCUCCUCAAACCCUGGGACGUUUAGAUCAAUUUAAUAGCUCUUCUAUGAUGGUUGUUUAUAUGCCAAUCUCUAAUACAACCCAGAACAUAAUGAGUAGAAUUGCACUUUCUCCUUUCAUGAAAGGAGCAAGUAUCAUCGGGGCACCAAAUAAUACCUAUAUGGAUGAUAUAUUUAUGGAGAAUUUUCCAUAUCCAGUGGGAAUCAUCUUUAAUGACAUUUUCUCUUACAAUAUAAAAGUUUUUCCAGAAUAUUCAGUUCCACAGCUUGAAGAAAGUUUAUCAGCUCAUUGCUGGGAUAUGUUUGAUGAUUUCUCGUGUGAGUUGUCCAGAUAUUGGGAAAGAGGUUUUGUGACCAUACAAACUCUCAUUAAUGCUGCUAUUAUAGAAAUGGCAACAAACCACUCUGUGAUGGAGGAGCUGAUGUCUGUUACAGCUAUAAAUAUGAAGACAUUGCCUUUUAUAUCCAAAGAUUAUUUUCAAAAUGAAAUGUUUAUUUUGUUCUGUUUACUUUACUUCUCACCAAUUAUAUAUUUUCUGGCUCUAAAUGUUACAAGAGAGAGAAAAAAGUGCAAGGAUAUGAUGAAAAUCAUGGGACUAUAUGAUUCAGCAUUCUGGCUCUCCUGGGGUUUACUUUAUGCUGGCCUUGUCUUCAUUAUUUCCAUAUUCAUUACAGUUAUGAUAACAACCACCGAAAUUAUAGUUAUGACUGGCUUUAUCAUCAUAUUUACACUUUUUUUCUUAUAUGGACUAUCUUUGAUAGCCUUGUCAUUCCUGAUGAGUGUUUUGUUACAGAAAGUUGCCCUUACCAAUUUGAUGAUGUUUCUUAUUACUGUCUUUUGGGGAUGUGUUGGAUUCACUGCAUUGUACAAACAACUCCCAUCAUAUCUGGAGUGGAUUUUGAGUAUUUGUAGCCCUUUUGCCUUCACUUCUGGAUUGAGUCAGAUUAUUCACCAGGAUUACAACUUGAAUGGUGUUACUUUUCCUGACCCUUCAGAAGAGUCCUAUGUAAUAAUAGCAACAUUUUCUGCUCUGGUUUUCGAUGGUCUAGUUUACUUGGUAUUGGCAUUAUACUUUGACAAAAUCUUACCAUACCAGAGUGAACUCCAUCAUUCUCCAUUGUUUUUCCUGAAUUCAUCAUCUUGUUUCCAACAUUGGAGGACUAAAAAUAAUGUUAUUGAAGAAGACCUAGAUUCUGAGCAGCCCUCUGUUGAUUACUUUGAACCUGUAGCUCCUGAGUUACAAGGAAAAGAAGCCAUCAGAAUCAGAAAUGUUAAAAAAGAAUAUAAAGGAAAAUCUGGGAAAGUGGAAGCAUUGAAAGGCUUGUUCUUUGACAUACAUGAAAGUCAAAUCACAGCAGUUCUGGGCCAUUCUGGGGCUGGCAAAUCUUCACUUCUAAAUAUCUUUACUGGAAUAUCUGUUCCUACAGAAGGCUCAGUCACUAUAUAUAAUAAAAAUCCCUCUGAAAUGCAAGACUUGGAGGAAAUCAGAAAGAGAAUUGGUGUUUGUCCUCAACAUAAUGUUCAGUUUAACAUACUAACUGUGAAGGAAAACCUCAGGCUGUUUGCUAAAAUAAAAGGCAUUUAUCCACAGGAAGUGGAACAAGAGGUACAAAAAAUUUUAUUGGAGUUUCACAUGCAAAAUAUUCAGGAUAACCGCGUUGAGAAUUUAAGUGAAGGACAAAAAAGAAAGUUGACCUUUGGGAUUGCCAUUUUAGGAGAUCCUCAGGUUUUGAUCUUAGAUGAACCAACUGUUGGGCUGGAUCCAUGUUCAAGGCAGCAGGUGUGGAGCUUCCUGAAGGAACAUAGAACAAAUCGGGUGAUCCUGUUGGGUACCAAGUGUGUGGACGAGGCAGACAGCCUUGCUGAUAGGAAAGUGAUUAUGUCCCACGGGAAACUGAAAUGUGCAGGCUCCUCUGUCUUUUUGAAGAGAAAAUGGGGCAUUGGAUAUCACUUAAGUUUACAUAGGAAUGAAAUAUGUGAUCCAGAAAAAAUAACAUCCUUCAUUAAUCGUCACAUCCCUGAGGCCAAAUUAAAAACAGAAAACAAAGAGCAGCUUGUGUACACUUUGCCUUUCGAAAGGACGAAUAGGUUUCCAGAUCUCCUCAGUGAUCUAGAUGCAUAUUCCGGUCAGGGUAUAGUGAGUUAUGACAUCUCUCUAUCAACUCUAAAUGAAGUCUUCAUGAACCUAGAAGGAAAAUCCACUACCAAAAAAGAUUUUGAACAAUCAGAAAUGCUGAGAGACUCAGAGAGCUUACGUGAAACAGAGCAAGCCUGCCCUUCUCUGGAAAUGCGGAAGGCCGUGAGUGACUUGCGCCUCUGGAGAACACAGGUCUACGCAAUAGCCUGGCUCCGAUUCUUAAAACUAAAACGUGGGAAGAAGUCACUUUUGGCCUUGCUGUUCAUAAUUGGAAUUUCAUUGUUGCCUUUGAUUGUGGACCUGGUAAUGUAUCUUGUGCGAAAUAACAAGGACUGGGAAUUUAAAACGGAAUUGUAUUUCCUGUCUCCUGGACAACUUCCUCAGGGUCUCCGCACCAGCCUGUUGAUCAUCAAUAACACAGACUCAAAUAUUGAAGAUUUUAUUCAGUCACUAAAGGAACAAAACAUACUUGUGGAAGUAGAUGACUUUGAAAACAGAAAUGGCACUGAAAGUAUCUCCUAUAAUGGAGCCAUCAUAGUUUCUGGAAAACAAAAGAAUUAUGGAUUUUCAGUUGUAUGCAACACCAAGAGGAUGCACUGUUUUCCUAUCCUUAUGAAUAUCAUCAGCAAUGGGCUACUUCAUAUGCUUAACCAUACACAGUAUAUUCAAAUCAAAAGAAGUUCAUUUCAUUUUACCCACUUCAUCCUCUGGCUUGGGUUUGAAGAUUUCAUGUUCAUGUUUUCAGUUGUUUCCAGUAUUUCUCCUUACAUUGCCAUGAGUAGUGCCACUGAUUACAAAAAGAAAGCUGACACUCAGCUAUGGAUUUCAGGCCUCUACCCUUCUGCUUACUGGUUUGGGCAGGCAGUAGUAGAUGUUAACCUGCUCAAUUUAAUUCUCAUUUUAACAUAUUUAGUCUUCUACGUAACAAAAAUGACAGGCCUUUACAUUCCAAGUAAAAUUCUGUUUACUACGGUUGCUUAUUCUCUUGGUUAUUCAGUGGCUCUGAUCUCCUUUACAUAUGUGAUAUCAUUUACAUUUUGCAAGAGGAAGAAAAACAGCAGCCUCUGGUCACUUUGCUUUUAUGUCGUGUUUAUAAUCACCCUCUACAUUUUUGCAACCACUUACUUGGACUUAAGUGCAAUCAUUUCCAGCAUGAUAUUAAUUCCUCCAUCUUCCCUGUGUGGAUAUCUAUACUUUUUAUCAGAGAGAAUCCACCAUUACAAUGAAGAAUUGUCUGAAGUAGAAUAUAACUUGAGAGGAAGUGAUAUGCUAGUCUGCCUAAUACCUUACUUUCAGACUUUGAUAUUCGUUUUUGUUCUAAGAUGCAUGGAACUAAAAUAUGGAAAGAAAGUAAUACACAAGGAUCCUAUUUUCAGAAUUGCUCCCCAAAGUCAAGAUGUUCAACCAAACCCAGAAGAACCUGUGGAUGAAGAUGAAGAUGUUCAAGCAGAAAGAACAAGGACAUCAACUGCCCUAAGAAUUUCCAACUCAGAUGAGAAGCCCAUCAUAAUUGCCAGCUGUCUACAUAAAGAGUAUGCAGUUCAGAAGAAAAGAUGCUUUAGAAAGUUGAAGAAGAAAAUAGGAACAAGAAAUGUCUCUUUCUGUGUUAACAAAGGUGAAAUUUUGGGAUUGCUAGGACCCAAUGGGGCUGGAAAAUCUUCCUCCAUUAGGAUGAUUGCUGGGAUCACAAAGCCAACAGCUGGAGAGGUGGAAAUGAAAGGAUUCAGUUCUGUCGCAGGUGACCAGGGCAAGAACACAGUCAGGUUCCUGGGAUACUGUCCUCAGGAGAACGUGCUAUGGCCAUUCCUGACGGUGAAAGACCACCUAGAGGUGUACGCUGCUGUAAAAGGAUUGCAGAAGGGGGACGCAGCCAUUGUCAUUUCACGAUUAGUGAAUGCUUUCAGGCUGCAUGAUCAGCUGAAUGUUCCAGUGCAGAAACUGGCUGCUGGAGCCACAAGAAAGCUCUGUUUUGUGCUGAGUAUCCUGGGAGAUUCACCUAUCCUGCUUCUGGAUGAACCUUCAGCAGGCACAGAUCUAAUAGAGCAGCAACAAAUGUGGCAGGCCAUUCAGAAAGCUGUUAAAAACAAAGAAAGGUGUGUUCUCCUGACUACCCAUAACCUGGCUGAGGCUGAGGCCCUGUGUGACCGGAUAGCCAUCAUGGUUUCUGGAAAUCUGAGAUGGAUUGGCUCCAUCCCAUACCUGAAAAGCAAAUUUGGCAAGGAAUACAUUCUAGAAGUAAAAGUGAAGGAGGCGUCUCAAGUGCCAUUAGUCCACACGGAGAUUCUGAAGCUUUUUCCACAGGCUGCAAAACAGGAAAGGCAGCCCUGCUUAUUGACCUAUAAGCUGCCCAUAGCAGCAGAUGUUUACCCUCUAUCUAAGGCCUUUCGCAAACUAGAAGCAGCAAAACAUAAUUUUGACCUGGAAGAAUACAGCCUUUCUCAGUGCACACUGGAAAAGGUACUCUUAGAACUUUCUAAGGAGCAAGAGCUGGAAAAUAUUGAUGAAGAAGUUGAUACAACCAUGAGAUGGAAACUCCUUUCUCAUUCAGAUGAACCUUAAAACCUCAAACCAAAUAAAUUUUGUUCCUGUACUAUAAAGUUACAUUUAUGUAACUUGGAAGUAUGUAUAAUUAAAACGAUAGUUUAACAUUAAUGUCAAACAUAUAUUUUAGGUUUAACCAAUAAAGCCAGACGAUCAUUAUGAAAACAAAAUACAAGUUUAGACUGUCCUUUGAAAUAUUAUUUUUAAUCACUUACCAAAAAAUUCAUUUGCUGAAAUACACAAAGAGGAAUGUAUUCAAUAACCAGAGGCCAUGAAGCUACUUCAUACCAUUGCAUAUAAAGGUUUUCUUUGAUAUAACAGUAUCAACAGUAUCAACAGUAUAACUCAAGAUUCUUUUCCUGAGAGCUUUCCCAAUUGUGUUGACACCCACAGAGCUGAGGAGGCCCUCAGACUCACCAAUGCACAAACACAUCCCUUGGAAAAGAAGGGCAAAUAAAUCUUUUGGAAAUGAGGAAGGUCACAGAGGGAGGUCACGGUAAUGUUUGUUAGGAUUGAAAGUUUUGAAUACUGAUAUUAAGCUCUUAUGAUCUUUGGCUCCUCAAUGGUUUUCUGUUGUCAUUGAUAGUAUUUUAAGGUUAGUCCCCUGGUAUUUGUUUGUAUACGCGAUACAUGUCUUUGGUUGUGACCAUUUGACUUUAUUUUAUUUUUUCCUUAAAAAUUAACAUUUUGUAGAGGGUUUGCAUUCCACUGUAGCACAGCCACAUUCCCACUCAAGUGAGAAGAAAUUCAGCGGAGCUGCAUUUAGUUCCCCCAAUCCUAAUUAGCUGCAUGUGGUUUCUGUAACUUCUGACUACAGCUUGUUGGGAAUGAUGUAAUUGUAACUGAUAGGGUUGCUGUGGGAGUCUCCAUCUUAGUACGAAGGUUUAUCAUUGAGGUUAUUAUUUUCAAUAUACUAUGUGAAAUUAUUUCUUUU